AUAAAGUCCAAUGUGCAAUAUACAUGUGUACAUACGUAGGUAUAGAUAUUGAUUGUUAUGAUAUACGGUUGACAUGUGCUACUGUUAUCAGUCGUUCUCCGAUCUCCACCUGCGCUGGUGUUACUGAGUCAAGCAUAGACCGAGGUAUUAUGAGCAGAUCCGGUGACAUCGUGCGGUGAGAACCAAUCAUCCAGCAACGAUGCCAGUGCUACGCAACGCCGACCACCCCGCCCACUCGCUGACGGAUUCCGUCGCAGCACGGUAUGGAGUCGCUGUUCUCGGCUCUUGGGCUGCUGAAGCUGCAACAUACCCAUUCGACUUGACGAAAACAAGAUUACAGAUCCAGUCAGAAGUUGCUGCAGCCAAACAUGGAUAUAAGCUAGAAAAUCACGGUAUGAUUAAGACAGCGGUGGGUAUAGCGAAGCAGGAAGGUGUUACAAAACUCUGGACCGGUCUGAUGCCCAUGUUCCAACGCCACGCCAUCUACUCAGGCUGCCGGCUCAUCUUCUACGAGCAUUUCAGAAACUACUUCAAGGAUGAAAACGGAAAAGUGUCGCUAGGAAUAGCUUCCGUGGGUGGGCUAGCGGCAGGGGCCUUGGCGCAGCUGAUCGCGUCUCCCACAGACCUCGUGAAAGUACAGAUGCAGGCUGAAGGCCGCCGGGUCUUGCAGGGCAAACCACAAAGGUUCACCAACUGCAGGGAUUGUUACAAGAUGCUGUAUAAAGAAGCCGGGCUUAGAGGGUUUUGGAGAGGAGCUGUUCCAAACGUGCAACGCGCUGCCCUAGUGAACAUGGGUGACUUAGCAGCAUACGAUUACACCAAGCAGUUCUUAAUGCGCGAGUUCGGUAUGGCGGACAAUGCAUUGGUUCACGCAGCUGCUGCAUUCACCGCUGGCUUCGUGGCUGCCGUACUUGGCACGCCAGCUGACGUACUCAAAACCAGACUUAUGAACCAACCCGUUGGACCGGAUGGAAGGGGCUUGUCGUACCGAGGCAUGAUAGAUUGUCUGCAGCAGUCUGUGAAGAAUGAAGGCAUAUUGUCUAUGUAUAAGGGUUUCCUGCCACUGUGGAUGAGACUGGGACCCUGGGCUCUCAUCAACUGGAUAGCCUUCGAGAACAUCAUGCUGGCUAUAGGGGGGCAUACAUUUUAAUUAUAUUUUGGCGGAUUGGAAACGUAGCCAGGAUGAACAAGAUUUAUGUAUACUUUUUCAGCUACUCUAUUUAAAUUUUGUUCUGCAACCGACAUAAUGGAGUCAUGAAUGUAUUGAAUACUCAGAAUAAAAAAGAUGUUGCCAUUGAGAAAAAACCGACUUGAAAAACAAAGUCCAAAAAUGCGUUAUUCUUUUGGACUCUGGUGUUACUGUCUAACGAUUGGGCAACCUUUAUGCCCUUUUGAUACUGAUAGCAGUAUAAAAAUGUGUGACCAAGUACUUAUUCUGUACUUAAAUAUCUUUUUUAACGCUGGCUACGUUCAUAUACCUCUCAGUUCCUGACUAUUUAGCUUGUAAAGUCUUGGGUAUGGUCGUGGUGCUAGUUCUUAGCUAGCAACCUAGUAACUAACAAUAUUCAAUAAACCAAAUAGUGAGAUGAAUCGAAAAUCUCAAACGAUUCAGGAUCCAGUAUCAUUACUAUACAUAGCUGUAGAUUUGCUUAAGUUUUAAAAAAGAUGUCAGAAUUCUAUCUCUAUUACCUAAAUCAAAAGUCGGGGGCGAAAGUCUGGCUUCUCAUGCAUGGUGAUAGUGCGGGUUAAAAACCUGACAAGUACCAAUGUAAACAUUUCCGAGUUAUAUUUACUUUCCCUCACCUCAUUGACUUACGGU